GUACCGUUGCUUGGUUGAUAGAGAAUCGAAAAAGCGCCUAAGUGCAACGGAUCAGAGCAAUCCGGUAAAGAUAUACCGCGGACGCGGUCAAUCUCGCAGAUAAACGACGGUGAUAGACCGCCGUGCUGUGGUCUGUUUUUCAUAACGUGGUAAGAGACUGCGAUAACUAUCGAUACACUUCGAGCAACGCACGCGCAUAAAUCGUAAAACGAUGAAUAAGAAAGAAAGGGGGGGGGGGGGAGGAAACAGAAAGUAAAAUAAAAAAAAGAAGACUAUAAGAGAACUUUGUUUUAUCCUAGUAGAGAAUCAAGAAUUCUCUGGAAAUAACGAAAACUGAUCCUUUUGUGUCUUACUAUAAAAUAAAAAGAAAAAAAAAAGAAAGAGAGAAAGAAAGAAAGGAAGAAGAAACAAAAAAGAAAAUGGAAUGGUUCUCUUCUUAAAAUCAAUCGAUCCUACUACCACUCUCAUUUUUUUUCUUCUUCUUUAUACGAAAGUGCGAACAAAUAAUAUAAAUAUAUACGUUGUAUCUAAGGUCAGCCUCCUUUAUACCGAUAAACAUGCAUAGUACAUGGAAGCAAAUUCCUGGUGGCCACUGACUUCGCUGACACUUUAUCAUGACUCGAGCCCCUCGAAGUCGCUCUAGGUCAAAGCCAUUGCCACUUCGAGACGGACAAUCGUCGAUGCAGAUACAAUAUAGAGAGCGUGAGCUCGUUGGAAAAUCUUGGUAAAACUCGUGACAGUAUCCUUGACAAAGAAAGUUGUUAUGCGAUCAAGAACGCUAACGAUUACUGUAUCUUCGUUUCUAUCUUCGUACGGUACGUUAAAUUUGGAGAUGAGAUUGAAUUAGUUUGUGUACGAUCAGGUAUGGCAGGGUAUAAAAACAAACGAGUCAAACUAUUUAUAAAAGAUAUGACGUGAUGAGUUGCCACAUAUGUAUGUUUUUUUAUAAAAAAAAAAAAAAAAGAGAGAAGAAAAAAAAAGGAAAUAUUAUGACUUUUGCGUGUCGCAAAAGUUGAUGGUCGCGAGAGGACGAUUAGCAAGCAAGGGAAGGAUGAACGAUACUCGUAAAUAAACGAACGAUGACGGAAUAAAAUAGCGAGGAACGAGAGCUGUAUCUGGACCGGUACGGUUCUGGAGAUCGGUGCUUUCUCGAUCCCUUGGGAAGGAACGACAGUGACACGGCACCGGCUGGCACAGCAGCGAUUAUCUCUCGAGUCGUGUGUGAUGACAACGCAAGCACUACACGUCGUCUUCGAUCUGCCGAUCGACAGUCUGAAAACGAUCCUCGGCGACGAAGGUACACGUGUAGCUCCAACGAGAUCGAUCAUUUGUCUAUCUUCGGUCAGUGUAUGUGUGUAUAAGCAUUCACAUAUGUGUGAGACCGAGGAUCGGAUAGCAAAGAUACCGGUUUUUCUCUUUUGCACGCAACGUAAUCAAGCAAAUCGUAGUCGAUGCGAAUCACGAAGUACCAGCUAUGUCGUGAUAAUAAUCAGUCGAUACUAUUCGCGUUACGUUAUUAAAUUUUUUAUCUUUCGUACUUUCUCGAUCGUGUUAAUAUAUCGUUGCUUUGUCUUUCAAGGAUUUCAACUAUUAUCACGAAAUGUAUGAUCACCAUUGUCUAUCGUUUAGUUGGUCUUGGUCAAUGACAAAAAAAGAUUGUGUAGCUUGGUGCUAAAUAAAAAUUACUUUCGAUCGAGGAUCAAAUUCACGAUCUCCUUCUUCUCUUCUUUUAUUUUCUUGUGAAAGUUUGUGGGGGAUCGAUCUAUCGUUAUGAUCGAGGAAACUUUGAUGUUCGACAUGGCAGACGAGCUAUUAUUUUCUGCUUUGGGAUUAACGACGGAUACAAACUUCGAUAGGCCACUAUCAUCACCCUGUGUAUCGAACCUACCCUCCGAAUAUGAAUCCUCCUGCAGAACUCCUUUGAGCGAUGAUUCAGAGAUCAUCGACAAUCAUGCAACAUCUUUAAAGACACCCGUUGAAUGUUACACAGAAUUAACGUGUUCUCCGAAGGAUUCGUGGAACGAUUGGAUGACAAACACGUCUACAUCUUCCUCGGGUUGUUUGAGCGAAUUGAGCGAAUUAGAUUCCGAAUUGGAGUGGUGCUUGGAUAGAACUUGGAACUCUGGUCUUCCUGAAAGAACACCACUUUGUACAGCGGGAUGCGAAGGAUUUUUACAUUUGCCUUUACCAAAUCCGCAACAAGUAUUCAAUAACGACGAACCUUUGCUCGUACUUGGUAUCGAUUUAAGGGCAUUAGAAAAUACAUUAGGACCGGAGGAGAUAGUUACAGAUUAUAAUAAUAAUCAAUUAGAAGAGAAUCUACUUAUUUCGUCAGCAGCUAACGCAGCAUUGGCCACUCACGAUUACACUAAUCGUAAUUUGGCUAAUGCAGCAGAGGACAGAUGUUUUCCAUGUACUUAUCAAGGCUGUCUAAAGGUCUACGCUAAAGCAUCUCACUUAAAAGCUCAUCUACGUCGUCAUACAGGAGAAAAACCAUUCGCCUGUACAUGGUCAGGUUGCGGAUGGCGUUUUAGUCGAUCAGACGAAUUGGCGAGGCAUAGAAGAUCGCAUUCGGGAGUGAAACCCUAUCCUUGCGAAAUGUGCUCGAAAAGAUUCGCACGCAGCGAUCACCUAGCGAAACAUCGUAAGGUGCAUAGGAAAAAUACUUAUCCAUUGUUUCAAAAUGGACGUGGAUUCCGUAGUGGGAAAACGAACGUAUUACCAGAGAUUUAGUGAAUUCUCAUUCCAAAGAUAAUUUCGUUAAGAGUUAGCAACACAAAAAGAAAUAAAGUCUGUGGAGAUCUUAAAGUAUAAGUAAUACCUCAUGCAAA